CCCUAAUCUGGUCGACCUAAAAUAUGAUCCCAUACUUAACAAAUGGGCACAUAUAUCACUGCACUCUGCAGAGAGGGUACAAACAUCACAAUUCCUCUGAAACCCUCACCAACUAGCUCUCCGCACAAACCCUCCCACCAUGUCUACGACGAGGGUCACUCCAGAAACAAUCUCAAGUGCUGUCUCUGCUCUUCUCAAGUGGAAAGAGACCAAAUCAGCCUCAGAAAAGGCUCAGCUUUUGCCCCAAAACGACUUCUUUUACUUGACUCUCACAUUGGAGCAUAUUCCUCAAGAGGGUCGUCGUGUAAACCCCUACAAGAUCCCUCUGCCUCACCCUCUGGUUCAAGACUCUGAGAUUUGUUUGAUUAUUGAUGACAGACCCAAGUCUAAGCUCACUUCAAAGGAGGCCAAGAAGAAGGUACAAGCUGAUGGUAUUAAUGUUGCUAAAGUCUUGAAUUUUAGUAAGUUGAAAAGUGAUUAUAAGACCUUUGAGGCGAAGAGGAAGUUGUGUGAUUCUUAUGAUAUCUUCUUUGCGGCUAAAGGGCUGAUCCCCCUUUUGCCUAAGUUGUUGGGGAAGAGUUUUUUUAAGAAGAAGAAGGCACCUUUGCCGGUUGAUUUGAGUCAUAAGAAUUGGAAGGAGCAGAUUGAGAGGGCGUGUGGGUCGGGAUUGUUUUAUAUUAAGAAGGGGACGUGUAGUGUGGUCAAGAUUGGGAGGCUUUCGAUGGAGGAAGGGGAGGUUUUGGAGAAUGUGGUGGAGGGGAUUAAGGGGGUUAUUGAGUUGGUUCCGGAAGGGUGGGAGGGUGUUAGGUCUUUUCACUUGAAGUUGUCGGGGUCUCCUGGGUUGCCGUUGUAUGAGGCUGUGCCGGAUAUCAAGUUGAAGAUUGAGGGGGUUAGGGAGAGUGUUGAGGAGGGGAAUGAGAUUGAGGUUGAGGUUAAGGAGGGUGAGAAGAAAGAUGGCAAGUUGGGGAAGAACAAGAAGAAGAAAGGGAGAAUUCAUGAAGUUAAGUAUAUGGAUGUGAGUGGUGAAGAUGAAGUGGCGAAUGAUGUUGAUGAGGGUGAGAAAGAGAGUGAGAAGGUGAAUGAUGAGAGUGAAUUGGAGGGGAAGAAGACAAAGAAGAGGGGCUCGGCGAAAGAAAAGGCUAUCGGGGAAGAUAAGUUUGGCAAGAAGACUAAAAAAGCUGCUCGUGGAGUAAGAGUUGGUGCUAAUGAGGAAUAUGUGAGUGAAGAAACUGAUGAUAAGCAAGAUUUGGAUGUCAAAGAAGUUGAGCUUAAGAAGAAGAGAAAGAAGGCUGAUGCUGGAGGACAGGUUACCGCUGAUAAGAAUGUGGAGAAGCCAGCAAAGAAUACAAAAAAGAAGGCAGAUGGUGAUGAACAGGAGAAAAGUCAACUGCCUGUAUCCACGGAAGAGUCAGCUGAAAAGAAGGGUAAGAAGAAGAGUGGUCUUGUUACAACAGCGAAGAAGGCUAAGAUUAGUAAGAAGAAGUAGAGUCCUGAAUAGUAAGUUGAAUGGAAUCUUGGAAGGGACUCUAGGACUUCUGGAUUUUAUUCAAUCAAUAAUGGGAGCUUUCCUGCCAAGUGCUGGGACCAAUGGUAGAUAAGUAGUCUGUCAAUUAACUUGCAUUGAGUGUCUUCCCUGACUAGUGUUGAUCACAGUACCUGAUAUUUCCUGUCUUGAGGUCUCUUGAAGGUAAAAGACACAGCUUGCCCGAACUCAAGAAUGAUGAUACAUCAGCCUCUUGGUGAAGGUGGAGCACAAGGUGGACAGACUGAUAUAUACAUUCAGGUGGGUCUUCAGCUAAUUCUAAUUCUACAGGAAUUGUACUCUGUUGCUGAUAUUAACUUGGAAUCUUGGUUUUGUUAUGAGAUUUUUUGGUAAGUUGUAUAUAAAUGUUGCAAAUUAAGUUA